AUGUCGAGGGCGAGCGAUGACGUGUGCGUGGACCCGGACGCGUACGUGAGCUCGGACGAGGACGGGACGUCGGCGAGGACGCGGGGGGCGUGGACGCGGGACGCGCGGCGCGUCGCGGGCGAAGACGUCGACGCGCGACGGGGGACGAUCGCGCGCUUCGAGGCGCUGUUGGAGGAGACGUUCCCGAACGGGGCGAUCGCGAGCGUGCGGUGGGAUCGGGUGGUGAUGAAGACGCAGCGAGACGCGCGGUUCGGGAUGGUGGGGACGCACGCCGAGCGGCGGGCGGCGUUCGAGGCGUACGCGAGACGACGACGGGACGACAUGGCGAACGCGCGGGCGCCGAACGCGCGCGUGAAGCGAAGGAGGGACCCGGAGGCGGAGGCGCGGGCGUUGCGAGCGCGCGAGGCGGAGGCGAUGCGAUCGACGCGCGAGGCGGAGCGAGUUUCCGCGCGACGCAAGGAUGCGCUCUUCGCGGACGCCGCGGACGCGGCGUUCUCCGCCAUGUGCGCCGAACGCGUGAAGACGUACACGAGAUCGUACGAAGAAUCGUUCGAUCGAGAUCUCGCGGGUGAUCCCUUGGGACGAGACGACGUGAGUAAGCUCAGAGGGGGAGAGUCGCGCGCGCGCGAGCUGUACGCCGAACACGUCGCGCGCGUCGAGCGCACGCUCAAGACGGAAUUCGAGAAGCUCGCGAGGAAGAUGAUCGAUAUAAAAGUCGUCGAGGCAGUGAGCGAUGACUCCGCUCUAACCGAGGCCCAGGAUGAUGGACACGCGACGAUCGACUCGGUGUUCGACGGGGCGAUUUCGUACCGCCGCGCCGCCGAGGAAGAUUUCGAGCUCAUAGAUCACGUGCUCUUCGCCUUUGUCUCCGACGAGGAUAAGGUUAAGAUAUGGAACGCGUGUUCGGUCGAAAUCUUGAAGAGACACGGCGUGAAGAUCAAGUCGGGGGAGUGA